UCAAUCUUCAUACGCGGGUUUGCUACAAAUAUAUCCAUAUACAUUUUAAAAUUUUUCAAGCAGUAGACCAGGCAGAUUUUUUUUGCGGCCACCUAGAUGUGAAUUCCGGGAGAUGCAGUGCACAGUUUGAAUACAAUAGGAUAUUUUUUACCUAGAAGGAUAAGCUAGCUUUUAGGGCGUAACGGAGGAUUCAUUAACCAAAACACUUCCAACGUCGUACGUUUAGAUUCCAACGUUUGAAGCCAACGCCGUAUCACUGCUUAAAGUGGCCAUGAGAGCCAUCAUCAUUAAAUGCUUUUUUUUCAGUGCUACGGGAACAGAUAUACUCAAGUUGUGUUGCACAGAUAUCCAUGCUUAACAUGCAUUAAAAAAAAACUGUUUUAUCUAUGUUGUAAAAAGAAACAUUUGGUAAUGGCCUAGUAGCCAGUCGCUAGUUAUAUUAAAAAAAGCUAAUUAUAAAUAUCAUUAGCUAUACAGGUACAGUGAACAUGUUUCAUCGCAAAACAGGGGCGUGGCGAAAUUUGCGGGUAACGCUCUAAUGUCACUUUUCCCGCCCAAGACAGCACGGAGCAUUUUCGAUUACUUUUUUUUCCAUACUUAUGAUAUAAUUAGUAGAAAUUCUCUGGGAUAUUCGCAGGUUAUCACUAAUUUAUGUAUAUUAUAGUCGACUAAGUGUUAUCAUAUAUAGUUUGAAAUUAUGGACAGUGUAUGAAUGUAUCGAACGCUAGUAAGGUGGUGAACAACAAAGGAAGUAUCCUAGACUCGUUCUAGAAUCGAAUACGGUGAUUCAGUUGUUUAUUUCCGUUGACAUAGCAGCACACGACCUUAUCUCAGUUUACCAGUAUCACACCACACAACUCAGCAGGUACUUCCAAUAUCGGAACAGCAACCGUCUCAACUCUACGCUCAUCGAUACAACGGCUAAAUAGCCUGGCGUCAAUUAGCUCGUGAUCUUUCCUCACUCUCGUAUAUAUCGGUUCAUCAUAUGGACGCAGCUUCGGUGCCACACAACUGGCAGGAAAUCCUCAAACGGCCGCCAAAUUUCAACUUCAAGAUCAGUCAUCCCUCUCUAGAUCCUAUACAGAUCUUAAAUGAGGUCAAAUUGAGGAACCCGACGACGGAUCAGGUCACAAUUGCAGUGCUCUAUAAAACUGCUUUGUCCCAAAAGAAGAACUUCUAUUUAGUGAAUCUUCAGCGAGCGAGGUCUUCUGCGGAAGCCUACCAGCGGCAGAUGAAACAAGUGCCCAAGGUUAUCAUGGACCAGUUUGAGGAAAAUGAAUCCGCUGUCAGAAUUCUCGAUUCACUCGUUCCCAAACUUGAAGAGGCAAUUCAAGAAGCAAAGAAAGCGAUGGCCAUUGCGCGGAAAAACGCUGAAAUUGCGCAAAAUGCGGGCACCAGUCGCACACCUGUUGUCGAAAUCAAUGAGACGAUGGAUGACGACGAUGAUGUUCAAGUAAUAGGCGAAUCGUCAAGUGCCUCAGGUCGACGCGCAAAAGGAUCAUCUAGUGGGCCUAUUAUCGAGGAGAUUGUCGAUUGAUUUUACUGAAGAUACGCAAUGCAUACUAGCGUAGUUGGGGAUAAUGAACGGCCAGCAGAAAGGACUAAUACUGGAAUACUGGUCAUAGGAGGCGCGAGUGGUCAGCAAGUGACAAAAAAUUAGAAAGGUCACUACUAAAUUGGACUAAGUA